AUGGUACGCUACGGAUGCGCGAAAACCGACAGCGGUGGAGUCGAGUGCUUCGUCGAGUUCAGUGAGGCCACCACGUUGCUCGAUAUUUCCAUUGCUCGGCGGAGAACUCGAAACCUUUUUCUCUUUCCCCUCCGCCUUCCCUCGCGAAUUAUCCCUUCGUCACUCUUGCAUCACUUCACAUCACCUUGUAUAUAUCACCUUCCCUUCUUUUCUGCUCUCGGGGAGGAAACAGAGGAAUCGUCGGUGGCACGCGGCGAGAAGAAGAUCGGCGCGACGACUAGAUUCGUCGAGUUGCUGGCAACCAUAGGCUCGUUCCUGCUGGUGCUCGUCACGUUGCCCUUCUCGCUCUGCUUCACCUUCAAAGUCGUGCAAGAGUACGAGAGGGCCGUCGUGUUUAGGAUGGGACGGCUGAAAGGCGCAGCUUAUGGGCCAGGUACAUUUUUCGUGAUGCCAUGCGUGGACAACUGCGUGCGCGUCGAUCUGAGGACGGUUUCGUUCGACGUCCCGCCCCAAGAAGUUCUCACCAAGGAUUCGGUGACGGUGAGCGUGGACGCGGUCGUCUAUUACCGCAUAAAGGAGCCGUUGAACGCCGUUAUCAAGAUAGCCAAUUACAGCCACUCGACCCGGCUACUGGCUGCCAGCACGUUGCGAACGGUGCUUGGGACGAGGAACUUGGCCGAAAUUCUCUCGGAACGUGAAACCAUCUCCCACACCAUGCAAACCUCUCUCGACGAAGCCACGGAACCCUGGGGUGUCAAGGUCGAACGCGUUGAAAUAAAGGACGUUCGGCUUCCGGUGCAGCUGCAACGAGCCAUGGCCACGGAGGCAGAAGCCGCAAGGGAGGCUCGGGCCAAAGUGAUCGCGGCGGAAGGGGAGAUGCUGGCUUCCCGUGCCCUGAAAGAGGCCAGUGAUGUCAUUUCCACGAGUCCAGCCGCUCUUCAGUUAAGGUAUCUGCAAACGCUGAGCAACAUAUCCGCGGAGAAGAACUCGACCAUUAUCUUUCCAUUGCCCGUCGAAUUCUUGACUCCAUUCUUCAAUCGUAACUCGUCGAGCCAGAUCGAGGGCCAGGGGAACGGAAUUGGAACGGAAUCAGGGGAGCAGGGAUGCGCGAGCCGGCUCACGACUCAGCCCCAUGUUCACUCGAACGGAAAUGUGGCGGCUAACUGAAGAUAGGUAUAGGUAGGUACACGUUUGAUCGUCUCUAGGCCAGAAUUCUCGCGCGAUCUUUGAUACACGUUCGACUGGAAAUCUGUUUAUAAGCGUUAGCUCAAAGCGUCUCUUCGUCUUUCGAGUAGACGUCGUCUCUGAUCAACGAGUCGCUCGUUAAAUAAACCGAUGUAAUUUCCAAGGAUUUAUAGGGAUUCGAUCUAUCGAGCAUUCUUUAUUGCGAAGCAGGAGCAUAGAAUGUCGCUCGGAAAGUAAUUUCGUUUUUUCACACGAGCGUCGCUCGUGUCGAAUACGUUUGUCCACAGCCAACUUCGUUCUAAACUUCGUGUUGUUAUUAUAUGUUUCGAAAGUUGGCAUUUCACGGUUGAUUUAUAAUCGAUAAAUAUAAUUAUAUAUAUUUGAUUCUGUUGUGCGAUUUCUCGUGCGCGAUAAGAAAGAUUAGAGACUAAAAAGAGCAUUUUCGGCAUAUUUUUUAUUGUCGAAAAGGUUAAAAAUACAGUUCAGACAAGAAAAUAGUUACGCGAAAUCUAUGGAGAAAGUGUAUUAAGCGAUACAUCAGUGUCAAAAGUGUUUUUCCAAAUUUCGUUUCGACAUAAAGACAAAAAUAAACCGAUCGAAACAAACCGACGAAUAACAAUUCGAGAAAUUGCUACGAGAUCUCGAACUCGACUGUUCGUGAUGAUCGCAUGAAACGACUUGGUGUUUCAUUUUCAUGAAAAAAAAAAAUCGAAAUUAUUUUCCGAACAACCCAGUAAAUAAGGAUUGAUUCGAAUCGAAAGGCGAGCGCGCGAGGAGGAUUAAAACGAGUCGUCGGGAGAGGAGUUAGUUCCCGGUCGUCACGUUCCAGGCGUUGAAGCGUGGCGCGAAAGCACGUGCUCGCUCCCCCUCUCCUUUCUCCCCUCGUCGUCGUCGCUCGUUUCCUCGCUUCGAGGAACUCGGGCUAAAGUAGAGCCGUACAUGGCGGCCACGUCUGCCUCCUCUUUAUGAAACGAUGUAAAACGGAAAUUGCGCGAGCCCCUCGCAUUGAAAUUUACGUAUCGAAUGAUAACGAGCUUCCUGGAACAGCCGCGUGGACCGAGCAUUUCCAAAGCGGAACACGGGCCGAGAGAGAGAGAGAGAGAGAGAGAGAGAGAGAGAGAAAUUGGUCUAAUGGAAAUAUGAAAUAGGCUUCUCCUCGCGCGCCAGCUUUGGACCGGCUGCGCGAGACCUGUAGAGACCACUUAAAUUCUGUCUGGUCGCGAUAAAAAUAAUUAAAUUCGUGUCAAAAACACGGGCGCUCGCGGUGGGUGGAGCGUAAACGGUUGUUGUGCCGGUGCAUCGCGCAAACGAGAAACGAAAACGAACGGAAAGUAUAAAUUUCAAUUUUAUUUCUCCGCGUACGGACGCGUUUCCUUCCUCUUCUUUUCUUUCUUUCUUUUCCCCCCCCCCCUCCUUUUUUAAAAUUCGCGAAUGGAAAAAAAAGGAAAGGAAAGGAAAGGAAACAAACAGGAAUAAUAAUAUCCUGGCCGUAAUGUAUACAGAACAGUUUUUUUUAUAAACAAGAGGGAGAGAAGGUUUAAAGGGGACUAUUAUUUACGCGGGAAAAUUCCUCCGGUGAAUUAUGACGCUUGUUAACCGUGCCACGACACGACGCGAGCGCCCGGCCCAGGAUUAAAAAGCCUCGCCUCCCCCCCUCCCUCCUCCUCCCCCUUCGUUGCGCACAGUGGCGUGUGCACAAACCGCGUUAAAAAAAAGUAAUUAAUCGGAUAAACGGAUCGAGGGGUAAUCGAGGUGGUUUUUUAAGGAACGGGUGGGGAGCCUUAUAAGUAUAAGACUCGAAGGCGAUUAAUCGUGGCGCGUGGCAAGGUAAUUGCCUAAAGCGAACUACUUCGUAGCGAGUAUAGUGACGGCUCGUAUUUGGAUCGGACUAAUAUUGAAGAUCGUAA